CUGCCGAUGACAGAUAUAAAACAGUCGAAUGGAAUUUAAAAUGUGCAGAAGGUGGUAGUUUAUAUAAACAGUGUGAUCUUGGAUUAUGUGAUCGAAAUCGAAUAGGCGGAGCUGAUGAUAAACAAUUAGCAGCUGAAGGAGAAUUAAAAUUUGACGAAGAGGUUCUUGACAACUGCUAUCAAAGUGAUGAGGCAAUAGUAGUGAUGGAAACACCAUUGGAUGAAGUAAUGAGAAUAGAUGCGAUGAUGAGGGGUUUAUUAGAAUCGUUGACAAAAACUGAGUGUGAUAGUAACGAUACAGAUAAUAUAAAUAGUGAAAUCAAGGAGUGCGAAAGGGGUGUUAAUGAAAAGCAAGAGGAUACAAACAGAAAGGUGAUUGCAAAUAAAAAGGAAAAUGAAGGGGCGUAUGGAGUGAAAAACAAAAAUAUUGAAAACAUACUCAUCUAUGAUAAUGAAACAGCCCAGAAUGUCAAAUCUAAUUUAGUAUUCAAUAAACCGGUUGAACAUGAAGUUCUUGGUUAUGCUGGUGAGGCUUUUGACACCAUAGAGGACUUCAAUGGGAUCGAUGAAAAUAAGCUAAAUACUAAUCUUGAAAUAAAGAUGCCUCCGAUUAAUGGUGCAGCCAAAAGUCUAGUUGAAAAUAAAGAUCUCAGUGCUAAUCAAACCAAAGGUGAUGUUGAAG